AUGGCGACCGAGAACAAAUCCAAGGCAAGCAACUGCAACAAAAAUAACAAGAAAAGAAAGAAUUACCUGCCUCACAAUAAGCCAAUCAAAAAGGGAUCUUACCCCUUACGUCCUGGCGUUGAGGGGUUCUUUAUAACGUGUGAUGGUGGGAGAGAACGCCAAGCUUCGCAUGAAGCCAUCAAUGUUAUCGACUCUUUCUACGAAGAGCUUAUGGAGGGUAGCGAGCCGAAAGCUGGACAUGAGGGGCUAUCUGGAAAGCCCGUGAACAAAAUAACAAAGUUCUCGUACUCGGAUUCAUCCAGUAGUGAAAAAGAUGAGGAUGAAGUUACAGAGGGCGAUGAGGCUGAUAACAAAAAUAUUGUUACGUCAAGUGGCGAUGGAAAUGAAAAGACGGGGGCUGAAAUUAAGGAUGAUGUGUCCCUUGAGAAGCAAGCACAGGAAGAGAAAGAGAAACUAGCUGAUGUUCGUGAAAAAACAGAAAUAGAAGCUGUGGAACCACCUGUAAAGAGACAGUGUGUAGAAGAUAAAUCUGUUGAUAGGCUAAUUGAGGCUGAGCUAGCCGAAUUGGGAGAUAAGAGCAAGAGGCGUUUUAGUAAGCUCGACACAGGAUGUAAUGGUGUUGUCUUUAUUCAAAUGCACAAGAGAGAGAGAGAUCCAAGCCCAAAGGACAUUGUCCAACAUAUGAUGACUUCUCUGGCUUCAACCAAGAAACAUAUAUCCAGAUUUCUGUUGAGAGUGCUUCCGGUUGAAGUAUCAUGCUACACAUCGGAGGAGGAAAUCAAGCGGGCCAUAAAGCCUCUGAUUGAGAAGCAUUUUCCAGUAGAAACUGAGGCCCCGCGCAAGUUUGCAGUGUUGUAUGAUGCUCGUGCAAAUACUGGUGUCGAUCGGGCCAAAAUUAUUGACACUGUUGCCAAGACGGUUCCAUCUCUGCAUAAAGUUGAUCUGUCCAAUCCUGAUUUUUACAUAAUGGUCCAAGUUGUCAAGACUGUGUGCUUGAUUGGAGUAGUUGAGAAGUACAAAGAAUUGGCCAAGUACAACUUGAGGCAGCUGAGCUCGUGA